GCCUACGCUCGAGGUGACGCGUCCCACCACGUCGCAUAAAUAGCGAGCGGGGGCUGUAAGCAGCGCAUAACCGGGUAUAGUCUUCUUGGUGACUGCUUCUUGUGGAGUUUGGCGGCGCGAUCUUCUCGAGUCCUAGCUUCCUUACAAAGAGAUCACAAUGCAGAUCUUUGUGAAGACCCUGACAGGCAAGACCAUCACCCUGGAGGUGGAGCCCAGUGACACUAUUGAGAAUGUGAAGGCCAAGAUCCAGGACAAAGAGGGCAUCCCUCCUGACCAGCAGAGGCUCAUCUUUGCAGGCAAGCAGCUGGAAGACGGGCGCACCCUGUCUGACUACAACAUCCAGAAAGAGUCCACCCUCCACCUGGUGCUGCGUCUGAGAGGUGGCAUGCAGAUCUUUGUGAAGACCCUGACGGGCAAGACCAUCACCCUGGAGGUGGAGCCCAGUGACACUAUUGAGAAUGUGAAGGCCAAGAUCCAGGACAAAGAGGGCAUCCCUCCUGACCAGCAGAGGCUCAUCUUUGCAGGCAAGCAGCUGGAAGACGGGCGCACCCUGUCUGACUACAACAUCCAGAAAGAGUCCACCCUCCACCUGGUGCUGCGUCUGAGAGGUGGCAUGCAGAUCUUUGUGAAGACCCUGACGGGCAAGACCAUCACCCUGGAGGUGGAGCCCAGUGACACUAUUGAGAAUGUGAAGGCCAAGAUCCAGGACAAAGAGGGCAUCCCUCCUGACCAGCAGAGGCUCAUCUUUGCAGGCAAGCAGCUGGAAGACGGGCGCACCCUGUCUGACUACAACAUCCAGAAAGAGUCCACCCUCCACCUGGUGCUGCGUCUGAGAGGUGGCAUGCAGAUCUUCGUGAAGACCCUGACGGGCAAGACCAUCACCCUGGAGGUGGAGCCCAGUGACACUAUUGAGAAUGUGAAGGCCAAGAUCCAGGACAAAGAGGGCAUCCCUCCUGACCAGCAGAGGCUCAUCUUUGCAGGCAAGCAGCUGGAAGACGGGCGCACCCUGUCUGACUACAACAUCCAGAAAGAGUCCACCCUCCACCUGGUGCUGCGUCUGAGAGGUGGCAUGCAGAUCUUUGUGAAGACCCUGACGGGCAAGACCAUCACCCUGGAGGUGGAGCCCAGUGACACUAUUGAGAAUGUGAAGGCCAAGAUCCAGGACAAAGAGGGCAUCCCUCCUGACCAGCAGAGGCUCAUCUUUGCAGGCAAGCAGCUGGAAGACGGGCGCACCCUGUCUGACUACAACAUCCAGAAAGAGUCCACCCUCCACCUGGUGCUGCGUCUGAGAGGUGGCAUGCAGAUCUUUGUGAAGACCCUGACAGGCAAGACCAUCACCCUGGAGGUGGAGCCCAGUGACACUAUUGAGAAUGUGAAGGCCAAGAUCCAGGACAAAGAGGGCAUCCCUCCUGACCAGCAGAGGCUCAUCUUUGCAGGCAAGCAGCUGGAAGACGGGCGCACCCUGUCUGACUACAACAUCCAGAAAGAGUCCACCCUCCACCUGGUGCUGCGUCUGAGAGGUGGCAUGCAGAUCUUUGUGAAGACCCUGACAGGCAAGACCAUCACCCUGGAGGUGGAGCCCAGUGACACUAUUGAGAAUGUGAAGGCCAAGAUCCAGGACAAAGAGGGCAUCCCUCCUGACCAGCAGAGGCUCAUCUUUGCAGGCAAGCAGCUGGAAGACGGGCGCACCCUGUCUGACUACAACAUCCAGAAAGAGUCCACCCUCCACCUGGUGCUGCGUCUGAGAGGUGGCAUGCAGAUCUUCGUGAAGACCCUGACAGGCAAGACCAUCACCCUGGAGGUGGAGCCCAGUGACACUAUUGAGAAUGUGAAGGCCAAGAUCCAGGACAAAGAGGGCAUCCCUCCUGACCAGCAGAGGCUCAUCUUUGCAGGCAAGCAGCUGGAAGACGGGCGCACCCUGUCUGACUACAACAUCCAGAAAGAGUCCACCCUCCACCUGGUGCUGCGUCUGAGAGGUGGCAUGCAGAUCUUUGUGAAGACCCUGACAGGCAAGACCAUCACCCUGGAGGUGGAGCCCAGUGACACUAUUGAGAAUGUGAAGGCCAAGAUCCAGGACAAAGAGGGCAUCCCUCCUGACCAGCAGAGGCUCAUCUUUGCAGGCAAGCAGCUGGAAGACGGGCGCACCCUGUCUGACUACAACAUCCAGAAAGAGUCCACCCUCCACCUGGUGCUGCGUCUGAGAGGUGGCAUGCAGAUCUUUGUGAAGACCCUGACGGGCAAGACCAUCACCCUGGAGGUGGAGCCCAGUGACACUAUUGAGAAUGUGAAGGCCAAGAUCCAGGACAAAGAGGGCAUCCCUCCUGACCAGCAGAGGCUCAUCUUUGCAGGCAAGCAGCUGGAAGAUGGCCGCACCCUCUCUGAUUACAACAUCCAGAAGGAGUCAACCCUGCACCUGGUCCUUCGCCUGAGAGGUGGCAUGCAGAUCUUCGUGAAGACCCUGACCGGCAAGACCAUCACCCUGGAGGUGGAGCCCAGUGACACCAUCGAGAAUGUGAAGGCCAAGAUCCAGGACAAAGAGGGCAUCCCUCCUGACCAGCAGAGGCUCAUCUUUGCAGGCAAGCAGCUGGAAGAUGGGCGCACCCUGUCUGACUACAACAUCCAGAAAGAGUCCACCCUCCACCUGGUGCUGCGUCUGAGAGGUGGCAUGCAGAUCUUCGUGAAGACCCUGACAGGCAAGACCAUCACCCUGGAGGUGGAGCCCAGUGACACUAUUGAGAAUGUGAAGGCCAAGAUCCAGGACAAAGAGGGCAUCCCUCCUGACCAGCAGAGGCUCAUCUUUGCAGGCAAGCAGCUGGAAGACGGGCGCACCCUGUCUGACUACAACAUCCAGAAAGAGUCCACCCUCCACCUGGUGCUGCGUCUGAGAGGUGGCAUGCAGAUCUUUGUGAAGACCCUGACGGGCAAGACCAUCACCCUGGAGGUGCAGCCCAGUGACACUAUUGAGAAUGUAAAGGCCAGAAAUGAGGACAAGGGGGGAGAUUACCAGGUUCAGUAACAGCUGAGUCAAAUGCUAAUAAAGAUUUUUGUUGCACAUUGA